AUGGUUGGUAAGAACAAUCAGCAUCAGCAGCAACAGUUAUAUAUCAGCCCUCAGGCUGAGAAUUUAACUUACAUGUAUUCGUUGGUGGAAAAGCUAAUGAGUCAAUUGAAAUCAAACAAGUUACAAAAGGAACUGUUAAUCAAAAACAUAGAUUCGAUUUCAAGACAAGCUUUGGAAUUACAAUUGGAAACAGAAGCUCAAUCUCAAUCUCCUAAUAAUAAUAGGCUUAAUGAAGGAAAUGAUACUAGUAACUGUGCCACGAAAAUUAAUCACAAUUCUAAUAGUAGGAAGAUCCAAAAAAUUGAAACUGAUACUUCAAAAGAUGAUAUAGCGUUAUUUGAUAUGUUUCUUAGUCAAAGAAUCGAUAUUAAUGAUAUAAUAGGUACUAACAAGGAUAAUACUGAUAUUAACGAUGUUAUAUAUCUUGAUAAGGAUAAUGUUAAAAAUGAACACGCAACUAAAGAAGGUGUAAUAUACUCUCAAGUCGAUAAACAUGCAUUAGAAAAAUUGAGGAGGCAGAAUCAAUUGUUGAAAGAAAUCUUGGUGCAAAAGCGAGCCACGAAUAAAGAAACUUAUGAAUUAUUAAAAUUUCAUCAAGAUAGUCUAAAUAAAGUUGUAUCACUCUUGCGAAAUGAUGUAUAUGAAUAUCAUUCCAAAUUUAUUCAAUCAUACAAGUCAAUUUUAAAUAAUGAGUUAUAUUUGAUGGAAAAUGACGAAUUUCAAAAUUAUAUUUCUAAUAUCAAUAGCAUACAGAUACUAAAAUCAUUGUUAAAAAUUUACAAAUCUUUAUUUUCAAUUUUAACUAAAUAUUCAUCAGUAUAA